AUGGCAGCCAUCUCCCAAGACUUCUCUUCCCAGCCGUCGACGGCCUCCUCUCCCGUCGCCCACCCACUAUGCCCGCUCACCGCGGCGGAGAUAUCCACCACGGCUGAGCUGGUGAGAUCCGUGUGGCCCUCGACGAUCGACCUCCGCUUCAAGGUGAUUACGCUGGACGAACCGUCCAAGAAGUCCAUGAUCCCCUACCUCGACGCCGAGCAUUCAUCCGCCGGGUCGUCGUCUCUCCCCGCCAUCCCACGCAAGGCCUUUGUGUCCUACUACAUCCGCAACACCAACCGCUUCCACGAGGCCGUGGUCAAUCUGUCCAGCCGCACCGUCGAGAGCAAUGUCCGAUUGGGCCCCAACCAGCAUGGCAACGGCGACUACGACGAGAUUCUCCAGGUGGAGAAGAACGCACUCGAGGACGAGGCCGUCAAGGAGGCACUCAAGAAGUUGAAGUUGCCAGAAGGAACCGUCGUGUGUGCCGACCCUUGGAUCUACGGAUCGGACGGCGUCAACGACGACGAGCGCAUGUACCAGGUCUUCCUGUACAUGCGCGACCCCAACAACCCGUCGGAAGUGGACAGCAACCACUACGCGUUCCCGCUGCCCAUCUCGCCCGUGAUCGACUGUGUCGAAUACAAAGUCAUCCGCAUCGACUACCUCCCCACGGGGGCCGACAACACCAUCCACGAGCCGCGACCGUACCAGGCCAAGCCGCCCAACGAGUACGUCAGCGAGUACCAGAAGUUGCGGACCGACAUGAAGCCGCUCCGGGUGAUUCAGCCCGAAGGGGCGAGCUUCACGCUCACGUCCGUGGGCGAGACGGGCCACCUGCUUGCGUGGCAGAAAUGGAGCUUCCGUGUCGGCUACAACCAGCGCGAGGGCAUGGUGCUGUACGACGUCCGCUACGACGGGCGCCCGCUCUUCUACCGCCUCAGCCUGAGCGACAUGAACAUCCCCUACGCCGACCCCCGCCACCCCUUCCACAAGAAGUCGGCCUACGACCUGGGCGACGCCGGCGCGGGCGCCAUGGCCAACAACCUCCAGCUCGGGUGCGAUUGCCUGGGCCACAUCCAGUAUCUCUCGGCCGUCAUCACCGACGACAAGGGCGUCCCGACCCCGUUGGAGAACUGCGUCUGUGUCCACGAACAAGACGCCGGCAUUGGGUGGAAACACACCAACUACCGCACGGGGCGUGCCGCCGUGGUGCGUCAACGGGAACUGGUCCUGCAGAGCAUCAUCACCGUCAGCAACUACGAGUACAUCCUGGCCUUUAUGUUCAACCAGGCCGGUGAGGUCAUCUACGAAGUCCGCGCCACGGGCGUCUUGUCGACGCAGCCCAUCGAUCACGAAUUGGACAAGGUGGGCGUCCCCUUUGGCACCGUCGUCCACCCGGGCGUCCUGGCCGUGCACCAUCAGCACAUCUUCUCGCUGCGUGUGGACCCCAUGAUCGAGGGACACGAGAACCGACUGGUCUACGACGAGGCGCACGCGCUGCCGCUGUCGGAGGACUGGAACCCGCACGGGGUGGCGUACGAAGUGUCCGAGACGGUGGUCGAACACGCGCAGGGCCUGGACCUGAACCCGGAGGCGAACCGGGUGUUCAAGAUCCAGAACCCGGCGGUGCGCAACCCGAUCAACGGCAAGCCGGUGGCGUACAAGAUCCACGCGCCGCCGUUCCAGAAGAUGCUGUCGCUGCCGAGCUCGUACAACUGGAAACGGGCCGAGUUCGCCGACCACAACAUCUACGUGACGACGCACCAGGACCGCGAGCUGUUCUCGGGCGGGUGGUACACGAACCAGAGCCGCGGCGGCACGGGGGUGCGCAGCUGGGCGGCGCGCAAGGACAGCGUCGUCGACACGGACAUUGUCGUGUGGAUCCAGUUCGGCAUCAACCACGUGCCGCGCAUCGAGGACUUCCCCGUCAUGCCCUGCGAGAUCCUCAAGGUGAGCCUCAAGCCCGUCAACUUUUUCGACAAGAACCCGGCCCUCGACGUCCCGCCCAGCGAGCAGACCUUUAACCGCUCCACCUUGGUGAGUGAGAUGCACCACCAGCCCACCACCGAGGCCGUCGUCGGCCAGGCCGGCGAGUGCUGCCAACCGGGCGACAGCAAGAGUAAAUUGUGA